UUAGCUGACGCUGACGGUUGCGCGCUCGUUCGCCCGCCUCGCCUCCUACUAGUGUUGAGGGUAGGCGGAGCGAUCAAUAGGAGUGUCCAGUGGAUGGCUGGUGAGUCGCCAUGUCGAAGCUCUCUAACAGUUGUACAAGAGUCACCGGCUCUGGGCUCAGACGGCGAGAGUGUCGAGGUAUCGCCGUGCACAUCAGAUCAAACUCCUACGGGUGUUCCUCCACGGUAUAUAGUCAAUGUGAAGAUGCGUCAGAAACCGUCCAGGAAAUGGAGUGAGGAAGAGAUCCAGAAGCGGUUAUCGUUGCCAGCCGACCUGCGACUCCCUGUAAGUGUCGUCGAGAAGCUGAAUCGAACCCCCACACUUGAUCAACCGUUGACUCGAAAAAAUCGAAGAGCUUCUUUGAGCGAAAUCGGCUUUGGUAAAUUGGAAACGUACGAAAAGUUGGACAAACUCGGAGAGGGCACUUAUGCAACCGUAUACCGAGGACGAUCACUUCUUACGAACAACUUUGUCGCACUCAAAGAAAUCCGACUAGAACAGGAAGAAGGCGCUCCAUGCACGGCUAUCCGAGAAGUGUCAUUGUUACGGAAUCUCCGUCAUGCUAACGUUGUCACCUUACACGACAUCAUCCACACCGAUCGAUUGCUCACUCUUGUAUUCGAGUAUGUGGAUCGCGACCUCAAGCAGUAUAUGGACGCCUGUAAUAACGUACUCACGAUGAAUAACAUCCGGCUAUUUCUUUUCCAACUGUUACGGGGUUUGGCUUACUGUCACCAACGCCGAGUACUGCACCGUGACCUGAAGCCACAGAAUCUUCUAAUUACCGCGAAAGGAGAGCUCAAACUGGCUGACUUUGGUUUGGCCCGAGCCAAGUCUGUACCGACAAAGACGUACUCGAACGAGGUGGUGACGCUAUGGUAUCGCCCUCCGGACGUGCUCUUAGAAUUGCUCUUUACGCUGCAUUCACGGCCAUAA